AAGAGACAGAAAUUAGUAUGCGCGUGUGCCCUACUGGGUCAAUACGCCAUGGCGGCUUCGGUGGUGCCACACACGCCGAUGCAAACAACAAACGCCACUGAUCUUGGCGUGGAAUUUGUGCCACUGGAGGCAUCCACCACCGAGAAGGGGCACAAAGGUGCCGACGCCGCAAAACGACCUGACAAGCGUAUUGAAGACGCCGCUUUUUGGCAUGAAAUCGGUAUGAAACAGCUUCGAAAAGCUAUGAACGUUGCCAAAAAAUCAGGUGAAUCGGCGCGGAAAGCCAAAAAUAUAAUUGUGUUCGUUGGCGAUGGCAUGGGACUAACAACAAUAACUGCUGGACGCAUUUUCAAAGGACAAUAUUUGAAGCACGGCUUAGGUGAAGAGGAAAUGUUGGCCUUCGAUGAGUUUCCUUACACCGGUUUGGCUAAGACCUACAAUGUGGACAAACAAGUACCGGAUUCUGCUGGCACUGCAACAGCGAUGUUUUGUGGUAUCAAAACGGACUAUGGCGCCAUUGGUAUGGAUAUGCGACGUUCUAAGGUGGAUGCCAACCAGGGUCGAUUGAAGUCUAUAAUGGACUGGGCACAAACGGAGGGCAAACGUACUGGCAUCGUAACUACAACACGCAUAACACACGCCACACCGGCAUCUACGUACGCACGCAUCUACCAUCGUGACUGGGAGUGCGACACUAAGGUGCCCGCCGAAUCCGUUGGAAAGCAUGUCGAUAUAGCGCGGCAAUUGGUGGAAAAUGCGCCWGGUAAUAAGUUUAAUGUGAUAAUGGGUGGUGGUCUUUCGCCAAUGGGUGCUUUACGCGCAAAUGAGCCGAACACUGUGCGCUUCCAAGGCGAUACCGAAGAAGUGUGUACACGUGGUGAUGGUCGCAACCUUGUUGAGGACUGGCUGAAACUUGGCAAAAAUGAAUCACGCGUAUUUGUGCAGUCACAAGCGGAGUUAAGUAAGAUAAACUUUGAGAAAACGGAUCACUUGUUGGGUCUCUUCCGGAACAACCACAUCACUUACUCCAUUGCACGGCAAGAAGGUGAACCCUCUCUAAAGGAAAUGACAGAGGCGGCCAUACGCGUGUUACAGCGUGCAGAUAAUCCUAAGGGCUUUAUGCUGAUGGUGGAAGGUGGGCGAAUCGAUCAAGCGCAUCAUCAGAACUACGCACGCGCAGCUAUGCGUGAGGURCUAGAGUUCGAUAUGGCGGUCCAAGCAGCGUUGGAUCUCACCGACGAUGAGGAAACUUUAAUUCUAGUAACUGCUGACCAUUCACACUCGGUCACACUGAAUGGCUACCCAAAGCGUGGAGCUGACAUUCUCGGUUUUGCCAACAAGACCACCGAACGUGUAGUAUACGAGACAAUAUCUUAUGCCAAUGGUCCAGGAUAUUACGAUCAUUUAGCGAACGAUAGCGUUGGUGCAUUAGGCGCUGAAGUUUGGCUGCCACUUGAGAAAUUCACAGCUCUGCAACGCAUGUCGCCCACAUAUCGUCAUCGUGCCACUUUGCCGUUGGAUGACGAGACCCAUGGUGGUGAGGAUGUUAUAGUGUUUGCAAAUGGACCCGGAGCUAAUAUGAUUCGUGGCGUUUUCGAGCAGAAUUAUCUAGCAUACGUCAUGAGUUAUGCCGGUUGCAUGGGCCCUGCUAAAGAUGUGGACGAUAGCUGUAGAACGGUACUGAAACAUAGCACAAGUGGCUCGAGCCAAGUGGCCCAACAUAGUUUCCUACUUUUGUUUACAUUAUUUUUGUUGAGAUCAUUUUAUUCCUAAAGCAAAUUAAAUAAAUAAAGUUGUUAUUAGUGAUUUACUGUUAAUGAUUUACUGUUAUUCUGAAAUAUACAUCCACCCAUACACAUCCCCAUCGACAAAUUGGACUAACCUUGUUAUAUUCUUUUCCAGAUAUCAUAAGUCUAAUUUAAGGUAAUCGUUUUUAGGUGAAAAAUACAUAAAUAAAAGUUGAUAAUAUUAGAGUGUAA